AUGAGGUUAACCGUAGGAGCGAACACAUCUGAUAUAGAAGAGAUUAAAGCUUUUGCGAAUUGGUUGCUCGAGUUGAGCGAGGGAAAGAUUGGUGACAGUGACGAUUGUCAGGUGGUUAUAGAUAUUCCUGAAGAUUUGUUAAUCAAAGCUAUAUUGGCACCAACAAACGAGGUUGUUCAAGAAAUUAAUGAAAGAUUGCUUGCUUCGUUUCCUGGCGAUGAAGUGGAUCUGCCUAAUCAUCGAUUAGUCCUUAAAGUUGGUGUACCUGUAAUGUUGCUUCGUAAUAUUGAUCAACAAAAUGGUUUAUGCAACGGUACGAGACUACAGAUUACUAAACUUUAUAAACGUGUUAUAGAGGCUGAGAUUAUAUCCGGCGGAAACAUAGGGACCAGAACAUUUAUUCCACGAAUCAGUUUGACACCGUCGGAUAAAAGAAUUCCUAUCAAGUUUCAACGACGACAAUUCCCCUUAAAUGUAUGUUUUGCAAUGACUAUAAAUAAAAGUCAAGGACAAUCUCUAUCAAGGGUUGGAUUGUAUUUGAAGUAUCCAGUUUUCUCACAUGGUCAGCUUUAUGUUGCUUUAUCAAGAGUUAAAAGCAGAGCCAGUGUGAAGUUGCUUAUACUUGACAAAGAUGAGAAUGUAACGAGUAAAACAACAAAUGUAGUCUACAAGGAAGUUUUUUCCGGCAUUUGA